AUGAAGAACUUAUGCAUUGAUGCAUGCAUUCUUGCAUUUCUUGUUAUCCUGGUUGCCUUUCCACUGAAGAUUGAUGCUCAAACAUGCAAUCCAAGUGGUGGUAUAAGGGGAAGAAAACCACCUCCUGGACAAUGCAACACAGAAAACGACUCAGAUUGUUGUGUCCAAGGAAAGUUUUAUACCACUUAUACAUGCUCGCCUCCCGUGACAAGUGACACAAAAGCAACACUUACAAUAAACAGUUUCCAAAAGGGAGGUGAUGGAGGUGGCCCAUCAGAGUGUGACCACAAAUACCAUUCUGACGACACACCCGUUGUGGCACUGUCAACAGGUUGGUAUAAGGGAGGGGCUAGGUGUCAUAAUUUCAUCAAAAUCAAUGGUAACGGACGAAGUGUAAAAGCCAUGGUUGUAGACGAGUGUGAUUCCACAAUGGGUUGUGAUGAAGAGCAUGACUACCAACCUCCAUGCCCUAACGACAUUGUAGAUGCCUCUAAAGCUGUUUGGAAAGCAUUGGGUGUAUCAGAAGACAAUUGGGGAGAUUUAGAUAUCUCAUGGUCAGAUGCAUAG